UCCAAUGAAAGAGCAGCUUUGGGUUUUACGAGAUGGAAGGCGGGGUGUAAGUCUGUCAGGUUGGUGUGCGGGGAAGGGUCUGUGUAGCCAGCGCUAGCACUGGGUUUCGGUGUGAAUGUGCAGCUGACAUAAGAUAGAGAUUCCCGGCCACGUAAGUACUAUUAAUACACCGCGGGAGAGGAUGUCUUGCUGAAACAAGGGAUCGGCCCGGGGAAAAACGGCCAUCCCUUUUUACCAGCUGCACAAAAUUCAAUUUUCUAUAUAUAUAUUGUUUGAGAUAAAAACAAAUUUGCACUUAGACAUUCUACUUCUAACCCGGAGGACUCAUAAUCUUGCAUCAUUUAUUCUGUAUGGAUGAACAUCAGGGAGGCCUAAACUGCCGCAGCAGAGGAAAUCGGAAACCACUCAUCUAUCUUUGUCCUUGUUUGCACUUUCUUGGCGUUUCUUGGCAUAUUUUAUACAUUAGUGCAUGUUGCAGUUGUUUUUUUUUCCUUGCAAUGAGUAACGUUCUGCAGCACUGAAUACUAGCGAAAGCACGGCAGAAUUACCUUUUUAAUAAUCGUUUUUUGCAUUUAGCAUAAGGAUCCAGACGCCACCUAGAGUUGGACGUUCGUGCUUUACUGUAAGGUACUGUUACCUGACUUUUUUCUGAUCAGUUUCUAGUUACCGUUUGCAAUCCACACCUCCACGUAACCAGUUAAGGAAUGAACUGGGUUGCCAAGUAACUAUUCUAAUUUCGAACUUUAUUUUAGAUCAACAAUUCUGAAAAAAAAGAACUUUGGACUUGUUGCUUUUACGUGUUUUUGUUUGAAUAUUUGGAUAUUUUUAAAUAUUACAACGCUUUGUAUCUUGACUGUUAAACAUUUGCUGAAGAUUUGCGUUUUGACAGUGCUUGCUAAAGACAGACCCGUACACUGUGAAUCAGCAGAUGAAUCGAAAACAGUUUGUGUUAAAUUGAGCAAGGUGAGCACAGCUGGAGUCCUCGGACUGUUUGAGUGUUAUUAGUACUGUUUGUUAGACCAGUUUUGUAGGGAAGGGAUUUGGUAUCGUAUACUCAUGAACAUACAGAGAUCAACCCCCAUUAACAUAACACGUUAUGGGAGACCAAGGCAUAAAAAUCACGACUUUGAGGAGUUAUCGUGUUUAAGGACUACCGAAUCGAUUCAAAGUUUCAGUCCGAAUUUAGGUUCACCGAGUCCCCCAGAAACUCCGAACUCGUCGCACUGCAUUUCAUGCAUUGGGAAAUACUUACUGUUGGAGACACUUGAGGGAGACCACGUUUUCAGGGCUGCGCACUUGCACAGCGGAGAAGAGUUCGUCUGCAAGGUAUUUGAUAUUACCCGAUAUCAAGAAUCCUUAGCAGCCUAUUUCUGUUUAUCAGAACAUGAAAAUAUAAACCAGAUUGCAGAGAUCCUCCUCGGUGAAGCGAGGGCUUACGUGUUCUUUGAGAAGAGCCAUGGGGAUAUGCAUUCAUUUGUCCGUACCUGCAAAAAGCUCAGAGAAGAUGAAGCUGCCAGACUGUUCCAUCAGAUAGCAUCAGCUGUUGCUCACUGCCAUGACAGUGGAGUCGUACUGAGAGACCUCAAGUUAAGGAAAUUUGUUUUUAAAAAUGAGGACAGGGGUUUAGUUAAAUUAGAAAGUCUGGCAGAUGCAUACAUUUUGGAGGGAGAAGAUGACUCUCUGUCAGACAAACAUGGCUGUCCGGCCUACGUGAGUCCUGAGAUCCUGAACACAAGUGGCAGCUACUCUGGAAAGGCAGCAGAUGUGUGGAGCCUGGGUGUGAUGCUCUAUACUAUGUUAGUUGGGCGCUACCCCUUCCAUGAUGUGGAGCCUAGUUCUCUGUUCAGCAAGAUCCGCCGAGGGCAGUUUAGCAUUCCCGAGACUCUCACCCCCAAGGCGAAAUGCCUUAUCCGCAGCAUCCUCCGCCGAGAGCCUGCCGAACGGCUCACGUCUCGGGAAAUCUUGGACCACCCCUGGUUUGCUUCAGAUAUGCAUGCCUCCAGUUCAGGAUGUGGUGCAAAUGAUAAGGAGGCUUCAGAUCAGCUGGUACCUGAUGUUAAUAUGGAAGAAGAGUUGGACAAGUUUUUCAGCUGAGUAGCACAUACACAAGUGAGCAAGUCUGGAAGACACAACAGCUCAAGACUUUUAUAACAUGAAGGAGUCCUUUUAAGACCCCAUUUAUUCACACCCUGGAUCAAACGAGCUUGGCAGCCAAACGCAGUAUGAAAGUUCCUUCGCAAGCUUUGAUGAGCAACAGGACAUGAAAUGUAGCAAUUUCUUUGGCAAAUGGUGCUAUGAAGUUAGAUUGAUGCUAGUGGGGAAACGACAAAGACAAUAAAAAUAGAAAGGCAGUAUGGAGCUUCUUAUCUCAUGGAGCCAUGGAAAAAAACAGUUGGCUGUACAUGCAGCAUAAUACUCCCAAUAGAAUAUAUAUAUAUAUAUUUUUUGUUUUGUUUUUGACUCGACACAUUUGGCAUUGUACUGUUAUAUAUAUUUUUUGUUUUUUUCUGUCAUUCAGGUAAUUGGCAAUUUCUAAUCCCCCCUCCUAAGUACAUGGGUACAUGGACAGACAAAAUGUGGGUGCUAACAUAAACAACUAUAACAACAUCAUUUAGUUAUUUUCUCUACAUAGCCAUUUUCAACAACUUGUGUAAUUCAACCUCGUUUCUUCAACGUCAGCUACUUGGUAUUCUUGUCACGAAGUGACUUUUUUUUUUUUUUUAGAAUGAUUUGCUCCUAUAAGGAAAAAUAUCUGUUUUUUUUUAUAAUAUUUACUGAACUGCUUGUCUCGACUGCGAAUCUAAUUUCAAACCAGUUGUGUAACUGCUAUUAUUUUAAAUGAUGUAUUACUUUUCUUCAGUUCAUAAAAUAUACAGGGUUUAGAAAUACUUGCUUCCAGAUCCGAUAUAAUGCACUUGAUUUUUGUAAGGGGGGUGGGGGUGGCGACCAUAGGGCUGUGAUUUGAUAGACCAGCCAAUUCAGUUUGCAGAAAAAAGUUAACUAUUUAAUUGUAAGUAAUCUAAUUUGUUCGUACCAAGACAAAUGUGAAAUUUUAUUUAACACUUUUUUUUUUUU